GUUUCUUUGACAAUUCCUAUUGCUGUCCUUCAGCAAUUCAUAGCGUUCAUUUCGUAAAGGCAAAAAAGCAUGCAGAGGGCGUCACGGUUGAUACGGGCAGGGGCUGGGAGAUCAGCCACUAGAAGCGCAUGGACAUUGUUAACCAGCCGGUUCUAUCACCUGUCCCCGCCCGGCCUACGAGCUAAGGACCGCGAGGAUACACGUAAAAACGUCAGUUCAUAUAUGGAGACAGGAAUCGAGGGUGAUGAUAACGUCAUAAAGCCUGACCAUACCCGAUCCCGAUCCCGGUCCGCAGCGCCGACACAUGUGCGAGUGAGCAACAACCUGCUUGGGUGGCCGCAGGACGCAGACAUCGACAGCAAGUUCUCGCGAGUGCAGCGGGACCUGCAGCUGGAGCACUUCCGACACAAGGGCGAUGCGCUGAAGCGGUGCAUGGACUUUGGCAUCAGCACGGCGGAGUUUGUCGAGUGGGCGGACAAGUUCAUCGCAGACGCGCGGGCCGACAAAAUCGAUCGGCUUGCGCCGGAGCGGCUGGUACCGCUGCUGAACAUCACGUACCUGCGCAAGAUCACGGAUCUGCGGUUCCCGCACGAGUGGUCGGGAGGAGCGCGCAAGACGCCGCGCAAGAUCAUCAUGCACGUGGGGCCGACGAACUCGGGCAAGACAUACCAUGCGCUGCAGCGGCUGCAGCAGGCGCAGCAGGGCAUCUACUGCUCGCCGCUGCGGCUGCUGGCAUACGAAGUGUACAACCGCAUGACCAGCGCCGGGAUCCCGUGCAACCUGGUGACGGGCGAGGAGCGGCGGGGGCCGGACUUUGAGAGCGGCAAGGUGACGCCGAUCGGCUACGACAUCUCGGGCCUGCCCAUCACCAGCGUGCUGGCAUGCACGAUUGAGAUGGCGCCGGCGAUGCACUACAACGUGGCGGUGGUCGACGAGAUCCAGAUGAUCUCGGACCCGCAGCGCGGGUGGGCGUGGACCAGCGCGCUGCUGAGCCUGAAGGCCCGCGAGCUGCAUCUGUGCGGCGAGCCGUCGGCAGUGCCGAUUGUCAAGCGCAUCUGCGCGCAGCUGGACGAGGAGGUCGAGGUGCGCGAGUACUCGCGGCUCGGGCAGCUCACCGUCGACAAGAAGUCGCUGAAUGGCAACUGGCGCAAUGUGCGCAAGGGCGACUGCGUGGUGACGUUUUCCCGCAAGGGCAUCUUCCAGAUCAAAAACACUAUCGAGCAGGCCACUGGGCUUAAAUGUGCCGGCUACGACGUGCUGGUGGCUAGCGACGCUGUCGGCAUGGGUAUCAACCUGUCCAUCAGCCGUGUGAUCUUCGUCACCAUGUCAAAGUUCGAUGGCGUCACGAACCGCCCUAUCAGUGUGUCGCAGACGCGCCAGAUCGGCGGUCGCGCCGGGCGGUUUGGCUCGGGCGCCGGCGCCGGCACCGUCACGACGAUGGAAUCACGCGACCUGCGGUUCCUGAACACGACCAUGAACCGGAUGCCGCCGGCGCUGGAUGCGGCGGGGCUGAAGCCGACCAGCGAGACCAUCGAGAUGUUCUCGCACCAGUUCCCCGACGUCAAGUUCUCGCAGCUCUGGCGCAUGUUCCAGGACGUGGCGACUGUCAGCGACAACUACUUUCUGUGCAGUUUCCGUGAUCAGGAGAGCAUCGCCGAGGCCAUCGAGGACCUGCCGCUGAGCGUGCGCGACCGCUACCAGUUCCUGUAUGCCCCCAUUAACGUGCGCGACCCGAUUGUGCUCACGUGCACCUUGGCCGAGCACAAGGAGUGCAAAGUCAUGGAUGUCAUCUCGCUGCCGGCGCGCGCGCCGACCAACAUGGAUGCGCUGAAGGUGCUGGAGCAGUGGCACAAGGGCAUUACGCUGUAUCUGUGGCUGUCGUUCCACUUCGCCGAGAUCUUCACCCAGCCUGACGUGGCCUCCGAGGCCAAGCAGCAGCAGCAGCAGGCCAGCAGAGAUGAGAUCAAAAAGGCGCUUGGCAUCAUGUGACCUGGGCUGUAGGCCUGCGUCACUGGUGCAGCCACAAUACACCGUUUAUUUUUUCCUUCUUCGCUUUGCACGUAAUUCUACACCGCUCUUGUUCAAUUCGC